CAAAAGAGAGUGCGUGUGUGCCAUCAGCCCCGCCCCUGGAGCUAGCCAAUGGAGAACUCGACAGCAAAGGUCAGAGGGUGCUUCCGCUAACUUCCACACCGGAAAUCCCUGAGCAAGAGCUUGGUCUGCAGGCUGCGCCAUCUCUUCGGCACAAAGGGAGACUCUCCACAGGUUCCACAGGCUCGCGGUGUUCAAGGUUGUGGGCUUGCUGUUUCCUCUCUUCUGCCCAAACGCGCAUCUGCUGCUACCUACAUAAGUCAUCAUGCCUGUUAAAAAAAAGAUCCCUCGCUUCAGUCCUAAGCAACCCCUCUCUGUGUCCACGGAAGGCCAGGACACAAGCAAUCUCGUAUUACCUGAGCUUUUGGAGGAAGACUCUUCUUCCUGCUCUUCUCCAACUCCCAGCAACGGAGACAAGGCCACAGAGAAGACUUCCCUCAAGGAGACCGCUGCGGAGGAGACUUCUGCUGUAGAAAAGCCCAGUACUUCCCAGAGCCUUCAGAGUGAGCAUGAGGUUUCCUCUUCAACUGAAGACACUGAAGAGGGCAGCUCUGAUGACGACAGCGACGGCCUGACCCCGCUGGAUGUUGAAAAAUUGUCUGGGUCACCUAUCAGAGAGAAAGCGUCUUUAUUGGCGAGAUAUCUGCUGCUCAAGUAUCGAAUUAAAGAGCCAGUCACCCUGGAAGACAUGCUGAAUACUGUCAUCAAAGAGUAUAAAGAUCACUUCCCCGAGAUCCUGCAGAAAGCCCAAGAAUGCUUGGAGAUGCUAUUUGGCCUUGAAGUGUUGGAAGUAGACACCAUCCACCACUGUUACACGGUCUGCAUGACACUAGGCCUCACCUACGAUGGCUUGCUGAGGGAAGUAGAAGGCAUGCCGAAGACUGGCAUCCUGAUUAUUGUCUUGGGUGUGAUCUUCCUCAACCGUAACAGUGCCACUGAAAAGCAAGUGUGGGAGGUGAUGAAUACGAUGGGCAUCUAUGCUGGGCAGAAGCACUUCAUCUGUGGGAAACCAGAGGAUUUCCUCACCGGAGAGCUGGUUCAGCAAAAAUAUGUGGAGUAUCGGCAGCUGCCUAACACUAACCCUCCACGUUACAAGUUUGUGUGGGGUCCAAGAGCCUUCGCUGAAGUCAACAAGCUGCAGCUCCUCCAGUUUCUGUUAAAAGCUUAUGCACGUAGCCCAGGUUCUUUCCCAAUUACGUUUGUAGUGGCUCUGAAAGUGGAGAAAGAAAGAGCCCAAGGUCUAGCUGCAGCCAGCGUUGACGCUAGUGCCACCACCGUGUCCUUGGAGAGUUCCGGUGCCACUUCCAGCAGCUGCUUCCAACCCCAGUGAGGUCUCAGGCAGAUUCUUCACUUUAGGUUGGAAACCCUUUCUAAGUAGUGGUGGGUGGAGCUGGCAUGGGAAUGAAUAGUGUACUUACCCAUGUUUUCCUGUUGUAUAUGGGUAGCUUGGAGAUUUAGCCUUUGUUGGGGUCAGUAUUCAAAUGUUGCCUUUCAUAUAGCGGUUAAGUAGCUUUAGAAUCUAAGUGUUUGUGUGGUCUGUUUCACACAUUUACUGCUGUUUAAUAUGUUUAAGGGUAAGAGCUUUGCUAUUUUGUUAAACCAUUGUAAAACCACUUCUACUCUGAUCUGGGACAAAAUAGAAUAGCAUGUAGAUGGGUUGGUUGUUAGACCUGUAAAAGACUCCGCAUUCAAAAUGCUGAGAUAAAUCAACUAAAAUGUAAAAGAUGGACAGUUUAGGGUUGUCUUUUUCCCUCCUAAUACUUUGUUUUUAAAAAUUCAAAGAUCAGUACCUGGAUUUGCUUAGCUUAUUCAAGAAUGUAAGAUAAUAUUGACUUUAAUAAAGGAGACUUCUUACUGA